UAUGAGCUGCUGUUGAACUUUCCAUGCUUUAAUUUACAAUAAAAUAUUGUUUAUUUCACAAGUAUUUACAAAGUUUAAUCAAUGACUUCACUAGUUAUUUUUGGUACAUGGAUUUAAAUUCCUAGUCGUGAACUUAAUGGAACUUACUUUGCGUAUGUGCUCCUCACGUCCAAACAAUAGCCCUGUUUUGUUCUUACUUUUGCAUCUUGAAAUUUUAUUUGUUUAACAUUGCAUGCACACCACACACGAGAUGUGCGAUUCAUUACACGCCUACCUAAAAUCUUGAAAUGGGUUGUAGGUACUGUGUGUACAUUUAAUAACACAUUGCAUCUCUUAUAUAACUUCCUUCUCUUGUUAUUAAAGAUACAAUGUCUAAACUUGUACAGUGGAUAAGAGAGCAGCAAAAUGUGUUGAAGCAUGUUGGUGGAUACUCAAAUGCAUUUCGUCGUUUGCUACGAGAAUGUAAUGUAAGGGUAGGCACUCUAGUUGGAGAGGACAAAUAUGGAAAUAAAUACUAUGAAAAUGAUAGCUAUAUUGUUGGAAGAAACAGAUUUGUUGUUUUUCCAUAUGAGGGAAGAAUGGAAUAUGAUGGUUCCCAGAUUCCUCCUGAAUGGCAUCGUUGGAUGCAACACUCUACAGAUCAGCCACCCUCAACACACCCACCAACUCCAAGGAAGUUUUUUCUAGACCAUGAGAGGAAUUUAUCUGGCUCUAAAGAUGCUUAUGUACCUUAUUCAACAACAAAACCAAAAAUUGAAGCAUGGAAACCUUCAUUAAAAUAACAAUUAUUACAUGUGUAUCUUAGAUUAUUUGUAUAUUAAAAUCUGUGUGAUGUAUUCUUUUUUGUUCUGAGUGUGUUGGUGAAAGAAAACAAAACAAAAACA